AUGAAUUUGGGAUCUACAAAUAGUGAAGAAGAAGAAGAAUUGAGUGGAGAGGGGCCAGAAGACAUCGAAAGAUUAAAAACGCAAGAUGAAGUCUUGUUGAUUAUGGACGACAACUCGACGCUUCUGAAUUCCAAUGGCACAAUUUACGAUCCAGACUCUUCGGAAUUCAAGGGAAAAUUGAAUUUCAAUUUACUAGAAACCUAUUUACCCUUAUUUAUUUUUGUGCUAGAUUUGCCUACAGAAGAUCGAGAGGUUCUGAAAAAUUAUAUGACCGAGAAGACUUAUGAAAAAUUGAAAUUUGUGAUUGAUGCGAAAGUGAAACUGAAUCAAGAGGAGAAUGUAUUGGGAAGAAUCAAUGAAACUUUGGUACAAUCAAUCGAUAAUUUGGAAAAGUUCGAUGAAAUUACGGUAGAUGUCGUUAACGGGUAUCAUAAUGCGUCAGUCUACAACGCCAUAAGAUCCGUAUGGCUCAAACAACUACGUCCAUAUUUGCCACUAAUUGAUCAAUUAGCGAUUCAACAGUACUUCACGCAAAGAAAACUGUCGGAAUCUGAAAAAAUGUCAAUUUGGGCGCGAAUUUGGGAAAAUCUGAACGUUUGGAUGUAUGGAAAGAAGAAGUUAAUAGAAUGCUAUGCAAUGGAACCAAAAUGUGUCAGACAUGCAUUAGAAUCCUUGAAUUUCGAGCAACGAAUUGAUUUGGAUUUGGCGGCUUACGAAAAUAAAUUUGACAACGUUGACGAGAUUUUGAGAGAGAAGCUCUCCGAAAACCGAAAAAGUGCCGAAUUAGAUGAUUGGCUACACAGAAAUCGACCACCAAAAGCUCUACAAGCUAUUCUAGACGAGAGAAGUGAUAUUGAAGAAGAAGCUCUUCAAAGAUUACGGGAUAACGGAGUUCUGAGCUCUCUGAAGCACUACUACAAGGCAGUUAUUGAAUCACGGAGUCAUGAAGAGCAGGAAGAAAUUCGCCACUUCUUCGAAACCAUGAACGACACAUUUGCCCGAUGCUUUGACCCACUUCGUGGACAAUAUCACGAUUUUUAG